AUGGCUAAGCAACUCUGCCGCCGGUUCUCACUCGCUGAAAUCCACUCAGCCACCGCCGGUUUCAGUGACGAGCAUGUGAUUGGAAAGGGUGGUUUCGGGAAAGUCUACAAAGCUCUCAUGGAUGGGUCUGUGACCGUGGCCAUAAAGCGGCUAGCUUCAACUUCAAACCAAGGAGAGAAAGAGUUUGUGAUCGAGAUUGAAACACUAACAAAGGUACGACAUCGUAAUCUAGUCUCUCUUAUUGGCUACUGCGAUGAUCAGGGUGAGAUGAUUCUUGUCUACGAGUAUAUGACCAAUGGAACUCUGGCCGAUCACCUUUAUCAAUGUUCAAGGCAAGGUGUUAACUGUUCUUCUUUAAGGUGGAAUGAUCGACUCAAGAUUUGCAUUGGAGCUGGUCGAGGUCUUGAUUACCUUCACACAGGCAGCUCAAUCAUACACCGUGAUGUGAAGUCUACGAACAUCCUCUUGGACGAGAAUUUCACAGCUAAAGUUGCAGAUUUCGGGUUGGCCAAACAUUUUAACGCGGACAAUUUGGAGAGCCAUGUUAGCGCGAGCCUUAAGGGAACAUUGGGGUUUAUUGAUCCGAGCUUUUUAGCCACUGGUAGGCUUACAAUGGCAAGUGACGUCUAUGCUUUUGGAGUGGUGUUGUUGGAGGUAUUGUCUGGGAAAUCAGCACUUGAUCAAGUCGUCGAUAAGGGUAAGAAGAUGGGUGUAAGCAUAUGGGCUCAGCAGAAAAUCCGAGAUGGAAAAGCUAACCAGAUUGUAGCUUCGGAUUUGAAGGGCGAAGUCUUGGAAGGUUGCCUCAAGACAUUUGUGGGGGUUGUUAAAAGAUGCCUGUGUUAUCACCCAAAGAAACGGCUCACAAUGUCUCAAGCUGUCGCGCAGCUUGAGUUUGCACUUGAGCAACAGGAGAUGAAAGGGAUGAAAGCACAUGGACUACAGUUUGGGCCCUUUAGUGCAUUUUGGAGCAGAAUUAUCAUAUCAUCAGGAUCGAAAAAUGAUAAAGUUGAUGCUAAAGUGUUGCCAAAAGACACCUUUGAAGAAGAAGCAUUCAGGUGCAAAGAGACCGGUGAUGAGUUUGAGAAGGAAACUAAUGAAGAGGUAGAUGCAUCGGAAUGCAAACAGACGGAUGAUGGAUUCAAGAAGGAAACUGAUGAAGAGGAUCAUGCAUCGGAAUGCAAACAGACAGAUGAUGGAUUCAAGAAGGAAACUGAUGAAGAGGAUGAUGCAUCGGAAUGCAAACAGACGGAUGAUGGAUUCAAGAAGGAAACUAAUGAAGAGGAUGAUGCAUCCGAAUGCAAACAGAUGGAUGAUGGAUUCAAGAAGGAAACUAAUGAAGAGGAUGAUGCAUCGGAAUGCAAACAGACGGAUGAUGGAUUCGAAAAGGAGCUGAAGAACAUUAACACUGUUCCAAUUGCAAUUCGUGCAUCUGAAAUUAUGUUAGUGACUGAUGGAUUUGAUGGGAAUUAUUGGAUUGCUAGUGGAUCCAACGGAGGAAGUAUAUUCUAUGGAGUCCUGAAAACCGGACAGGAUGCAGCAAUCAAAAGGUUGUACAAGAAGUUGCCAGACGAAGAAUUUUUAGCACAGGUUUCGACAUUAUUUAGCCUGAAGCAUAAAAAUGUGGUUCAACUCUAUGGUUAUUGCGCGGAUGGUGGACUUCAGGUGUUGGUGUAUGAGUUUGCGCCACAAAAUUCCCUUCGCAACAUUCUGCAUGGACAACAAGGAAUGUCUUUAUCAUGGUCCCGAAGAAUCAAGAUUGCUAUCGGAGCUGCUGAAGGAUUGUGCUACAUUCAUGACAAGGCACUAGUUCACCACAAUGUCAAAUCUAGCAACGUUCUGCUCUUUGAUAAUGGGACUGCUAAGAUAACUGAUCUCCAUCUCUCGGCUCAAUGCUCGUGCGCAGAAGCCUAUCUUGACGAUUGCCAUCCUCUUGCAUCCCCGUGUUUUGGUUAUCAUCCACCAGAAUUUGUGCGGCUCUACCAUAUCCAGGAAGGCGAUGUUUUCAGCUUUGGAGUCCUUCUCCUCGAACUCUUGACAGGUCGCAAAGUAUUUGACCGCAGAUGGACGAGAGCCGGAGAGAGCCUUGUGAAAUGGGCAAGGCCAAAUCUUGGCAAGGACAAGGUGGAGAAGAUUGUUGAUGCUAGACUCAAAGGAGACUACCCUCCCAGGGCUGUUGCAGAGGUGGCUGAAGUUGCUGGAUACUGUCUUGCAGAAAAAUAUGAUCAUCGUCCAAAAAUGAUCACUGUUCUUAAAGAUCUGCAGUUUGCCUCUUUGAGGACAGAGGUUUAUCUUCUCAGAAAAGCAACAGAUUUGGAAAUCUAAUUUGAAAAUGUCUCCUCAAGGUUAUUAGUACUAGUAUUUUUCAAUGAUUUGUUCAAUUAGGUCUUUUGACACAUUUUGUCAUAUCAAUAGUAUGAGUUGAGUAGGGCCCCACCGUGUAAAUUUUAAUCAUCUAUACGUCAAUUGAACAAAAAAAAAAAAUAGAAAAUCAGUUGAUACAUUUGUCAAAAGUUAAAAGGGAGUAGAAUUUUGGGAAAAUUUGUAUCCCUAACUUAGAAAAUUGAUUCCCAAUUGCUUCACAAUUCCCAAUCAUAAUAUUGGCUUCAAAAGUACGGAGAGAUGAUUCUUGAUUAUGACUACAUGUCUAAGGGAACGCUGGCUGAUCACCUAUACAAUCAGUCGACACUCUCGUGGAAUGAACAACUUAAGAUAUGUAUUGGAGAGGGCGAGGUUUGGACUAUCUUCACUCUGGUUGCUCCAUCAUACUUCGUGACCACUAGCAUCCUUUUAGAUCAAAAUUUCACAGCUAAGGUUUCACCUUUGGGAGAUUCUGGUUGAGCUCUUGACAGGGUAUGCAAAACAGCAACAAAUUCAUCCUC